AUGGAGAAGCACAGGUCUCCAGAGAAUAUUUGCUGUAAGAACUGUUGGGCCAACAAGAUCCAUCUGUCUGAUGAAGCUGGACAACUUUCCUCCGACGGAGUUAAAGGUGGAAGGUAUUUAUCAGCAUUAAAGUUUUCGAAGGAAACUCAUUCUCAGUUUCACUUCCAACCUUUGUCAAACCAAGAAAUUUUAGAAGAAAUAGAUGAAGGCAAAGUACAAUCUUCUGAUAAUGACAUUGAACCUGCUGAGCCAGUUUCUGCCUCACUUGUUGAAAUCGUGGAAGAAAGCAGUCCAAGUCAAGCUCAAAAUGAUGAUUUUAAACAGCUUUCGCAAACCAAGAAUUCUUCACAUUCCUCUGCGAUCUUUAUAUUUCCUCAGCACAAAGUACAUACUUUGCAGACAGGUCAUCGUAAGCCGCUUGUGAAGUUCAAACAGAACUCUGCAGGAGUCUAUCCGUCUUCCAGCAAGUCAAAGAUUUUUACGCGAGUAUAUAUUCCCGGAAAACCUCGAUUAUUCAACACAUCUCAUGCCGGGCCUAAUUGGACGAAAUUACUUUUAUCUCGGAAAUUUACCUCUCUUAAACACAAUACUUUUAGAAAAAGUGCAUCACAGCUAUCCAACAAUAUAAAUGUAGCAGAUGAGGCGAGGAAACGAAUUAAUCAAAUGGAACGCAAUCAAGCGAGUUAUCGUGACAUUCUGGAAGCAUUCAUUUCUCGGAUGGGCCUGAACGUAAGUUCAGACCUCCACCCCAAGCCUUCUCCGCGCGUUUCCCAUCCGCGUCCUUUUAAGAAUGUUCUACUGAACAAGGGAAACACUAAUUUACCACCGAAAAAGGCUUCUUUGCAAAGGACAUCAAAUCAGAGAGGAGGUUACAUGAACUUUCAUACUGCAAGAAAAUCUACUAGUUUGUCUGCGAAUUCAUUGCAGUCAACUACUGUCAUUAAAGGUGUGCCGUUAGAAAAGAAAGAGAAGACAAGUCCGCUAGAAGAAGUUUUUGAUAGCCUGUCAGAUAAAGAAUUCCUUAACAGUAAAAAGAACUCGACAUCACAGGGAGGAAAAAAGUAUGUAAAUAACAGCCCCAAUCCGAGAAUUUUGAAUUCUUCGCUGAGAGACAUGACAGCACGUGAUAAACCUGGACUCGGGACACAUCCUAAAAGCCAAGUAUCACCACUAAGUUCUAGUGUUAACAACGCACAGAUGAAAGCCACAACGCCACAGCUGAAGAAAAAUAAAAGCCAAGACAAGAGCAGAAAUAUUGCCAUAGGACGUGGCAAAUCUGGACUCGGGAAGCGUCCUAAGAGCCAAGUAUCACCACUAAGUACUAGUGUUAAUAGCACACAGACGAAAGGCGGAACGCCACAGCUGAAGGAAAAUAAAAGCCAAGACAAAAACAGAAACAUUGUGAUAGGACGUGACAAAUCUGGACUCGGGACACAUCUUAAGAGCCAAGUAUCACCACUACGUCCUAUUGGUAACAACACACAGACGAAAGGCACAACGCCACAGCUGAAGGAAAAUAAAAGCCAAGACAAAACCGGUAAUAUCGUCACAGGUCGUGACAAAUCUGGACUCGGGACGCGUCCCAAGAGCCAAUUAUCACCACUAAGUCCUAGUGUUAACAACACACAGACAAAAGGCACAAUGACACAGCUGAAGAAAAAUAAAAGCCAAGACAAGAGCAAAAAUAUUGUGACAGGACUUGACAAAUCUGAACUCGGGACGCGUCCUAAGGGUCAAGUAUCACCACUAAGUACUAGUGUCAACAAUACACAGACGAAAGGCACAAUGACACAGCUGAGGUUAAAUAAAAGCCAACACAAGAAUAGAAAUAUUGUCACAGGACGUGACAAAUCUGGACUCGGGACGCGUCCUAAGGGCCAAGUAUCACCACUAAGACAACUUUCCUCCGACGGAGUUAAAGGUGGAAGGUAUUUAUCAGCAUUAAAGUUUUCGAAGGAAACUCAUUCUCAGUUUCACUUCCAACCUUUGUCAAACCAAGAAAUUUUAGAAGAAAUAGAUGAAGGCAAAGUACAAUCUUCUGAUAAUGACAUUGAACCUGCUGAGCCAGUUUCUGCCUCACUUGUUGAAAUCGUGGAAGAAAGCAGUCCAAGUCAAGCUCAAAAUGAUGAUUUUAAACAGCUUUCGCAAACCAAGAAUUCUUCACAUUCCUCUGCGAUCUUUAUAUUUCCUCAGCACAAAGUACAUACUUUGCAGACAGGUCAUCGUAAGCCGCUUGUGAAGUUCAAACAGAACUCUGCAGGAGUCUAUCCGUCUUCCAGCAAGUCAAAGAUUUUUACGCGAGUAUAUAUUCCCGGAAAACCUCGAUUAUUCAACACAUCUCAUGCCGGGCCUAAUUGGACGAAAUUACUUUUAUCUCGGAAAUUUACCUCUCUUAAACACAAUACUUUUAGAAAAAGUGCAUCACAGCUAUCCAACAAUAUAAAUGUAGCAGAUGAGGCGAGGAAACGAAUUAAUCAAAUGGAACGCAAUCAAGCGAGUUAUCGUGACAUUCUGGAAGCAUUCAUUUCUCGGAUGGGCCUGAACGUAAGUUCAGACCUCCACCCCAAGCCUUCUCCGCGCGUUUCCCAUCCGCGUCCUUUUAAGAAUGUUCUACUGAACAAGGGAAACACUAAUUUACCACCGAAAAAGGCUUCUUUGCAAAGGACAUCAAAUCAGAGAGGAGGUUACAUGAACUUUCAUACUGCAAGAAAAUCUACUAGUUUGUCUGCGAAUUCAUUGCAGUCAACUACUGUCAUUAAAGGUGUGCCGUUAGAAAAGAAAGAGAAGACAAGUCCGCUAGAAGAAGUUUUUGAUAGCCUGUCAGAUAAAGAAUUCCUUAACAGUAAAAAGAACUCGACAUCACAGGGAGGAAAAAAGUAUGUAAAUAACAGCCCCAAUCCGAGAAUUUUGAAUUCUUCGCUGAGAGACAUGACAGCACGUGAUAAACCUGGACUCGGGACACAUCCUAAAAGCCAAGUAUCACCACUAAGUUCUAGUGUUAACAACGCACAGAUGAAAGCCACAACGCCACAGCUGAAGAAAAAUAAAAGCCAAGACAAGAGCAGAAAUAUUGCCAUAGGACGUGGCAAAUCUGGACUCGGGAAGCGUCCUAAGAGCCAAGUAUCACCACUAAGUACUAGUGUUAAUAGCACACAGACGAAAGGCGGAACGCCACAGCUGAAGGAAAAUAAAAGCCAAGACAAAAACAGAAACAUUGUGAUAGGACGUGACAAAUCUGGACUCGGGACACAUCUUAAGAGCCAAGUAUCACCACUACGUCCUAUUGGUAACAACACACAGACGAAAGGCACAACGCCACAGCUGAAGGAAAAUAAAAGCCAAGACAAAACCGGUAAUAUCGUCACAGGUCGUGACAAAUCUGGACUCGGGACGCGUCCCAAGAGCCAAUUAUCACCACUAAGUCCUAGUGUUAACAACACACAGACAAAAGGCACAAUGACACAGCUGAAGAAAAAUAAAAGCCAAGACAAGAGCAAAAAUAUUGUGACAGGACUUGACAAAUCUGAACUCGGGACGCGUCCUAAGGGUCAAGUAUCACCACUAAGUACUAGUGUCAACAAUACACAGACGAAAGGCACAAUGACACAGCUGAGGUUAAAUAAAAGCCAACACAAGAAUAGAAAUAUUGUCACAGGACGUGACAAAUCUGGACUCGGGACGCGUCCUAAGGGCCAAGUAUCACCACUAAGUACUAGUGUUAAUAGCGCAAGGAAGAACACCACAACGACACAGCCGAAGAAUAAUAACUUGAAGACCCAAGACAAGAGCGCAAAUAUUCGUGAUUACCCUAAAAUUGAAACUCAUGACAAACAUUUAGUUGAUCACAUCAAAAGUGUUAGUCACAAUUCGGUGCUGGCCCACGCCAGAAAAAAUGCUAUUUACUUAAACAGUACAAAGUGGUCUAUCAAUACAAAUGGCACAUUUACUCUCUCGCUGGAUUCCAACAGUUCACUGAAACAUUUUAGUGACCUUAUCAACUUUUUUAACAGUUUUAAUUCGGCCUCCUCUGACAAAAAACCGACCUCAAACAUUAGUACUGGAGGAAACAGUCACAUAAGUAGUAAAUUCAGAAACGGCACAAAACAUCGCAUUAUUUCAGGAAACCUGCUCAGGUUUUUGGACUUUGUCCACACUAAAAAGACGAGUAAGAGACUGGAACUGAAAAAAGGACACACCCAUUCUGACCACGACUCCAUCGCAGAUCAAAUCAGAAAACAACUACAGAUGUCGAUAUACAGAGGUUGGAACAAGGCAAGCAAAGAAAGAAGGCUCGGCUCUAAAAAACUGCCAAUGUCAUCUUACCCGUCUGUAAACAGUAAACUUACUAAUUCACAUGAUACAAUGCGAUUGAAGAGUAACGAUAGCUUAAACAAAAGCGAAGGAGACGACUUUGAGCUUAACGUGCUACAGAUGAUGAAAAAUGUGAGUCAAAAAGACCUUUUAAAACUGGAAGACGACAUAGUACAUGCGUUAAGCUCCGCAAAGCUGUGGAAUAUGCCACAACAACAUGAAAAGCAAAAUCCAGGGCAACAACACCAAAUUAAUCCAGAGAAGAUGAAAGAUAAGCAAAUAAUUAAUCGUCAGCACAACAAACAAGAACACUUAAGCGAAAAGCAACGAAACCAUCAACAACAAUUGAAUGAACAAUGGCAAAAACUAGACACAUUUAAACAUCGUAACCCAAAAGUUGGACAACAAAAAAACCAAACUCAUACUCAAAGGAAAAAUAAACAAACAAAGCAACAAAUUGAAGAUAUCAAUAAUGGAACAACGUUGCACCAACCUGAGCUCGAAUUUGAGUCUAGACAAAGUCAUUUACAGCAAACUAACCACACAAGACACCUCUUAAAGGAGAAGAACAUGUCUCAUUCUUUGGAAUCAACAACAACAGUUCAAAACUGUAGCCUGUUAGCCAGUUCUGUAAAUACUACCACGAAAUUUCUUAAUUAUGGGUGUAACCAAACUCACAACAAAUUAUCUCCCCAAAAUAAUGGAAGCAAAGAUUUCUUUUCACAUUCCGCCAACACCUCACAGGCAAAAACUGGUGCAUUAAUUAAAAUUGCACAUACAUUGCACAAUGCGACUUCUGUACAAUCUCCUUUGGCUCGUCACAGCUCGGCGAGAAAAAUAACACGAAAUAACACUUUGCCCUUAAAGACUGGGAACAGUACUGUUGUUACAAAACCUGGCUUCAAUGUAGCUAAGGAUGUAGAUGACGCCAAAAAUAUUUCAAUACAGCUUGACAGAGAUUCAGCUCAGCAACCAGUGAAUACUGAAUCAAUUUCCGAAGGAAAGACAGGCUCAGGGAUAGUAGAGCUAACAGAAUUUGUCGACCAAGUGCCAGACAAGGAAAAUCUGACAACAAAGUGGUCGGAGUGGACACCGUGCUCAAAGACAUGUGGUGAUGCAAAAAGAAAACGGAUUGAAUACCGCUGUACUUCUAGCUCUCAGGAGAUCAGAGACUGCGAGGUCAGCGGCCUGCAACACGAAGCAUGCGUCUUCAAACCUUGCCCUGUGGAUGGACGGUUUACAUCAUGGACCCGGUGGAGUACGUGCAGUAGAAGCUGUGGAUUCAAAGGAUUUUCUGUUCGCAGCAGAUCCUGUACAGCCCCUAAGCAUGGCGGUCAGCCAUGUUAUGGUGCUGGGAUUGACACUCGAGAGUGUAAUCGAAAGCACUGUCCAGUUAACGGUGGCCUAAGUAAGUGGUCCAAAUUCGGUCUUUGUUCAAAAUCGUGCGGAGGUGGAGUGAGGAUGCGUCAUCGAGAAUGCAACAAUCCUGUGCCUCGAUAUGGAGGAACGGAAUGCGACCCAACAGACUUAUUUGAGACACAAUCGUGCGGAGACAUGAAGUGUCCUGCCAAGACACUGAAGCGUCUCCAAGUUGCCGAUGUGGAUCCUAAAUCCUUGUGUGAUUUCAAUCCCUGUGACGAGGCUGGAUGUCUGCAUGACCCAGCUGCACGGUGUAUCACCGACUUUGAAUGUAAUCCAGUAUUCUUUAAUGUCGAUGGGGACAUGCUGUCAAAUUGCAAGGGAAUGGGCAGCCUGUUUUCUCGAAUUCCAGAGGUGAUCUGUAGCUACAAUCCAUGUCUUUCUGAGAAGUGCUGGGAAAUCAGAGACCAGUGCGUUGUUGAUCUCAAGUGCAGGCCUGUGUUCAUUGGUAUCGACAGACGUUCAAUACCACCUCAGUGUCAAGUACAUGCUACUGCGAGAGUGGAUCGAUUGAGAGGAGACCAAACCUGGACUAAGUUCUUUCCCACGAGCAGACCAGCUCCUGUUAACCUUGCCAGUGAUUUAAUGCCAUCGUUUACACAACUUUGGUUCCCAGUAGCUUCUUCUAAUAGAAUCCAGCCAUUUGAAAGGAUGACCGAUGUAAAUAAUUAUCCACUGGCUUUUUCAAGGACUUUAAAUACCUCUCCUGCAAUGGCUAACAGUAAGCAUACAGUGCAAUCUUUGGAGCAAAGGCCAGUGACAGAAGUAUUUAUUGAGAAAGUUCCGAAUGGAAACCAGGCUGAUGAUGAUGAUGAUGAUGAUGAUGAUAAUGAUGAUAACGAUGACGUCGAUGAGAGCAAUGCUGAUGAAGAUGACGAUGGAAAUGUAUUUUCUGACUUUGACGAGGAUGGUUGAUAAAUAUUGGCACUACUAAUAAAUAAUUGUUAAUGAAACAAACGAAACCGUCUUGUGCGUGUGCACCAAUCUAAAUCGAUAACCUUGUUAAGGUUUGCUUGUACAUGUUUCAGCUGGCGUCAACAAGAUCUUAUUUCAACAGUUUGUUAGCAAUGGCUGGUUCUGACAAGAAGAAAUAUAACUAGGAAUUAACAAAGAUAUUAAAGAGCGUACGUUUAUGGCAAACGGCAACGAAAAUGAAACUUUUGCCGUCUGCCUUCAGCUGUUUGUCAUGAAGAGUAAAAAUAUUUGUAUUUGGAGUGAAUAGUAGGAGAAGUUUUUCUUUUAUUGUGUGAUUUAUUAAAGGAUUAGAAGAACUGAGAACACAAAAGCAAAAGCAUUUGCCAUAACCUAAUACUGGGUAGCUUGGCGAAGUGGAUGAUCUUUUGAUUCCAGCUGGCUGUAAGCUGUGCUCCAAGGUCACACAUGGACCGUAUAGCGGCUGCCAGAGGCGCCAAUGUAUGCUUUCGGUUCGACCU